AAUAACUUGCAAGACGGUUGGUCCCUUCAAUUGCACAUACCGUGGAUGUGCACUGUGACUACAUAUAAGAGAAACCGAAGCUUAUCACAACGAAGUUGAUGGGGAAGCACCGUGUCAUUGAUUGGUUUGUCGGUGUGACCUCAGGCCAUUAUCAAGUCCGCCGAGAGUGUUAAUCUCGCAUAAUACAAUUCUUCACUACUUUGUUUCUCUAUAAGCAAGAAAUCAUUUGAUUGCAGUUGCAUGGUUAUUGUGUACUUCCCUGGCCUUAGCACAGAUCACGAAGUAAAUUACUGUUAUCGUUGAAUUCUUUUUGCCAGGCUUCCAAACAACUUUGGCGAUUCAAUCGUUUUUCAGUGUGGCAUUGUCCGUACCCAAAACCAACAUGUAACGAAACUCGAGCACUUUCGGUAGACAAUUCUGUGACGUUUCCGAUCGGUAGUUUGCGAAGUCCUUUUUGCGCGUUUCUAAGUUUAACGGUCAGUAGUGAAUAGCAAGAUUGUGUACACAAACCUUACAUAAGGGACGUGAACGGUUUCAUUUCCGUUGUACACAAACAACGCGUUUCACUUGUAAAGCUUUCUUUGCCCCAAACAGGUGGGCCUAUUUAUUAUUAUUUAGUACCGUGUUUGCUUGCCUUCGUCCGCCUAUUGUUGUGCGUAUGCUGCUUGGAAUGAAUCCUGUGUUUCGUCAGUUUUCCGUAGCACUCAAACUUGCCAGCCAGAGAGAGGCGAUCCGAGUCCUGCAGCAUCGUAUCCCAGUGCUUGGCGCAAUAAAACAUUCUGCCAUAAGCCAUCGUCAUUAUUGCUGUUUCGAAAUGAAACCGAAGGUGUACGUAACACGAAACGAUUACGCCAGACUCGGGCUGGAUCUGCUCAGAGAAGAGUGUGAUAUUUCCAUGUGGGAUGAAGCAUAUCCCGUGCCAAGAGAUGAGUUUCUGAAACAUGUUGCUGGCAAAGAUGCUAUUUAUUGUUCACUGAACGAUCGCAUCGACAAGGAGCUGUUGGACCAGGCGGGACCAAAUUUAAAAGUUAUUGCAACCAUUUCCGUCGGUUACGAUCAUAUAGAUGUGAAGGAGUGCAAACAGCGAGGCAUACGCGUUGGAUACACACCAGACGUGUUAACAGAUGCGACGGCCGAGCUGACCGUGGCCCUGCUGUUAGCCACAGCACGUCGAAUGUUUGAAGCUAACAAACAAGUACACACCGGUGGGUGGAAAUCGUGGUCGCCAAUGUGGAUGUGCGGUAGAGGGGUGAAGAAUUCCACCGUCGGUAUUUUCGGCUUUGGCCGUAUCGGGCAAGAGGUCGCGAAACGUUUGAUACCUUUUAAACCGGCUCGCAUUCAGUUCACCAGUCGCACGGACAAGUUCCUUACUGCGGGAGAUCUGGGCGUUACACAGGUUCCUUUUGAUGAGCUGAUUGAGACUAGUGAUUUUUUGAUCAUUGCCUGCUCGUACAACGUCGAAACGGCCAAUCUUUUCAACGAUGCGGUGUUUUCGCGCAUGAAACCUUCCGCGAUACUUAUUAACACGAGCCGAGGCGGUGUGGUCGAACAGCAUGAUUUGAUUCACGCACUGAAAGCGGGUAAAAUACAAGCAGCUGGGCUGGACGUUACAACGCCAGAACCCCUACCACUCGAUAGUCCUUUGCUUACACUUCCGCACGUAGUCGUUUUGCCACACAUUGGAAGUGCCGACAUCGAAACACGCAUCGAAAUGUCGCGCAUAACAGCCUGCAACAUUCUGGCUGGAUUGAAAGGUGUAAAAAUGCUAUCGGAAGUAUAGUUCCGCAAGCCUUAUGAAUCGCUUACCUUGUUUAAUCUUUCCGGGUAAUGUAAUAAAGCUGGAUAAUUCGUCAAAUAAAAUAACACUUGUAGGAUAUUCGUUCAACACA